AACUGAACCAAACGUCGGACUUUUGUCAUAUGGACUCGCAUGUCUCCCAUUUGCCGUAUCGUCGAGGAUGCAAAGUACCAGACCAGGGAAAAGCGGGCAGCAAGGCGGGCUAAGCAACAGCCAUGGAUUGUCCUCAAGCUCAUGGUAUUCAUCACGGCCGCUAUCAUGAUAUAUGGUGCAUAUGUUUACAUUGCGAGGUUUUGCGUUCCCGGUAUACGGCGGGAGCACGCGUUCAUCAGUAGAGGGGCCUCCAUCGUGAUGCUGGUGGUAUUCUGCCCAUUGUACUUCUGGAUGCUGUGGGCGUACAUCAUGGUUGUAGUUGUAUCUCCAGGAUAUGCCCGUGAUCAUGUUCCAAGAUCACCCCAACCACCGCCGUUGCCACAGAUACCCUUUGUGCCACCCAUCCGUCCCCCACCUUCGCUCACUGGACCCAAUACAGACGUUGAGUCCGGAGCGAUGGGCAACCCAGCCAGGAUAGGAGACGGUAGCAUUGGAGGCCCGUCUUACGAAGAGAUGUCGAUACACAAUCCAAGACCUCUUCAUGACAGCAACGAAACUCACGAAGGUGUAACGUAUAAUAACUAUGCUAUGAAUUCCUCGCCUGUCCUGGCAUCUACAUCGCCACCUCCCCAAACUGACGGUAACUGGGCGGAAGAUAAAGACCUCGAUUUCCGGAUACGAAUGUCCAUGAUGCAUAUUGAACGACGACCACCUACGAAUCCAGUUCUCUUACCCGCGUAUCGCUACUGUACUAGGGACGAACUGAUAAAGCCAUACCGAGCGCACCACUGCAGCGCUUGCGGCACCUGCGUGCUCAAGUACGAUCAUCAUUGCCCAUGGAUUGGUCAGUGCGUCGGCGCGCGAAAUCACAAGUUCUUCAUCAAUUUCAAUCAGGCUACUGCUGUAUUCACUGCAUAUACCUUCGCCACUCUGCUGACGUAUACUAUACGAGCCGCUAAAGCCCCAGGCGGCGACUUAGACGCUCAACAGAUAGUUGCCAUUGCGCUGAGCGCUCUUUUCUUCAUUUUUUCUGCAACGCUGUUUGUUACGCACGUCCGGCUUCUGUAUCUUUCACAGACUACAGUUGAAGCCAUGUAUGACCGAAGCAUGAAGGAACGCGAAGGGCAUAUACUCAACGAUGCUUUUGGUCUCUGCGGGUUCAUUGAGAAAAUCCGUGUGCAACGUUUGUGGGACGCAGAGUGGGGACGGAUAGGAAGAGAAGGUAACUUGUGGUGGUUAGGUUCAGGAAGAAAAGGCUGGGAAGAUGUGAUGGGGGAUUGGUGGGUAGGAUGGAUAUUCCCUGUUGGACGAGGGCUGUCGGAUGGACUGAACUACACUACCAAUCCCAGAUUUGACGAGACAGGAAGAUGGAGGAAGCGGAAAGAAUGGCCUGUGGGGUUGCAAUGAUACCGAGACGAUUAUCUUAUUUCUAACCAUGGAACAUUAAAGAACUUAUUGUAUGUGUACAGAUAGUUUCUACCAGUAAGCAAGCACCUGUGACGAUAUUUAAUCCGAAAAACACUAUAAUAGCAUACAGUCAGUGCCUUCUG